CAAACUAAAAUUAAUGAAGAAAACUCCAAAAACUUCAACCAACCAUAACUUCAACACAACCCCUAAAAUUUCCACCUGUUGCUUCAACACAAGAAGAUCAGAAAAACAUGGUGGUCGGGUUAGCUCUUAUUUGAAAAAUACUGUGUAAUUUGAGUGUUGACUUUCAUAUGAAAUUCUUGAAAACCAAAAACCAAAACAAACAGAAAAAACAGGGUCUUUGAUCAUUCUUUGAGCAACUUCUCUUCUGAGUUCUCCUAUUAAUGGCACCCAUUAUUUUGUUGAUAGUUUUAUCAUUUUUAUUCACUCCUACCAGUACCCAAAUUCAAUCCAACGAUGAAGGCUUCAUUUCUGUGACCAUAUCAGAAAAGGGUCUUGAUUUUGCCAAGGAUGAGCUCAUAGACAAGGCUAUUUCCUCUAUUAUUCCCCUUCAACUGCCUGAUAUUGAGAAGUUUGUGAAAAUCCCACUUGUUGGCAAAGUCUAUAUGCUUCUUUCAAAUAUUACAAUUUUUCAUGUUGAUAUUGCUUCCUCAUAUGUUAAUACUGGAGAGACAGGUAUUGUCUUAGUUGCUUCAGGUGCCACUGCAAAUUUGAGCAUGAAUUGGCUGUAUUCUUACCGUACUUGGUUGGUGCCAAUUGCAAUUACAGAUGAUGGGGAUGCAUCUGUUCAGGUUGAAGGUAUGGAAGUAGGGGUAACUGCAUCUCUGGAGAACCAAGAAGGAAAUCUUAAGCUCUCUGUGCUAGAAUGUGGAUGUCAUGUAAAAUAUAUCUCAAUAAAGGUGAAUGGUGGAGCAUCUUGGCUUUACCAAGGGGUGGUGGAUGCUUUCGAAAAGAAAAUAGCAACUGCAGUUGAAAAUGCUAUUUCCAAGAAAAUCAGAGAAGGGAUAAUAAAGCUUGACUCCUCAUUGCAAUCAAUUCCAAAACAAGUCCCAGUAUACAGCAUUGCUGUUUUAAAUGUUACUUUUGUGGACAAUCCUGUGAUGAGUAAUACUUCCAUUGAAUUUGAGAUUAAUGGUCUAGUAACCGCAAAGGAUGCAUUUGUAGUUUCAAACUAUAACCAUAAAGGAUGGAAGGGUUCUUCUUCCUGCAGCAGUCCUGCUAAGAUGAUCCAGAUCUCAUUACAAGAAACGUUUUUUAAUUCUAUAUCAUUAGUUUACUUUGAUGAAGAUUAUAUGCACUGGAUUUUUGACAACGUAACGGAUCAGUCCAUUUUGAACACUGCUGGAUGGAGAUACAUUGUUCCUCAACUGUAUGAGAAGUAUCCAAAUGAUGACAUGAAUCUUAAUAUUUCUGUCUCUUCUCCACCAAUCAUAAAAGUUGCAAAGGAUGACAUCAAUGCUUUUGUUAACUUAGAUGUGACAAUUGAUGUUAUUGAUUCUGAUGAAGUUAUACCGGCUGCUUGCAUCUCAUUGGAGAUAAGUACAUCGGGCUCUGCAGAAAUCUUGAGGAAUAAUUUAGCUGGUAGUGUCAGAUUGAAAGACUUCUCUAUGUACUUGAAGUGGAGUGAGAUUGGUGACUUGCAGAUGCAUCUUCUUCAGCCAGUAAUGUCAACUAUCCUGAAAACCAUUUUCUUGCCAUAUGUGAACUUACACCUAAGAAGAGGAUUUCCUCUGCCAAUCCUUCAUGGUUUUACACUUCAGGAUGCUGAAAUUGUCUACACAGAUUCAACGGUUAUAGUUUACAGCGAUCUGGCCUCCACAAAACAAUACUUAUAUGCUGCUAUGUAAACAAAAUACACUUCUAUGCUGUGCUUACAAAUUUAGAAUUGUAAAUGUAGUGUUUUCAAGUGUUUUAAGUUUUGUCAUCAAUAUUGUAUAAGAGAUGCUUGUACAAAAAAUUUGUAACAUUUGGAGCACUGGGAAGAGGUAGUGGCGAGUUCACAUCUCAGAUAAAAAUGUGGAAAGAUAACACAAAUUGGUAAAGUAAAAAAUUUGAGAUUUUGCUUGUGAA